AUGGAUGCUUUGAAACGUACCUGCAACAGAUAUGAACGAAAGCUCUUGUCAAGAAUCGUAGACCCCAACAAGGUACAGGGAUCUUUCAAAGAUGUACGUGCACCACUAUCGACAAUUGAAACGUUACAAUCUUUAAUUUCGCUCCCUUUGAUUCGUCCGGACUUAUUUAAACAAGGUAUCUUGAAGAAAAACUUUAUCCCUGGCGUGCUACUGUUUGGUCCACCCGGAACGGGCAAGACCAUGCUUGCUAAAGCUGUAGCAAAGGAAAGUGGUAGUAGAAUGCUGGAUAUUCAAGCAAGCGAUGUGUAUGAUAUGUACGUUGGUCAAGGAGAAAAAAACGUGAAAGCCAUCUUUUCACUAGCAAGAAAACUUUCGCCUUGUGUUGUGUUUAUAGAUGAAGUUGACAGUUUGAUGAACAAACGAGGAUCAGAUUACUCGUCCAAAUCUCAUAGAGAGAUUAUUAAUCAAUUCAUGGUAGAAUGGGAUGGUUUAUCAAGCAAUAAUCAAGGUGUCAUCGUUAUGGCAGCCACCAAUAGACCAUUUGACUUGGAUGAUGCCGUUCUAAGACGUAUGCCUCGACGUAUAUUAGUCGAUUUACCUAAUGCGGAAGACCGCUUAGAAAUUCUCAAGAUUUUGUUAAAGGAUGAGCAGUACGAAGUGCCACUGCUCGAAAUAGCCAAGUCUACGGAGCACUACUCUGGCUCGGAUCUUAAAAAUGUGUGUGUAACAGCCGCAUUGAAGGCAAUACAAGAGCAAGUCAAUGCAAAGACAAAUAACUCUAUCAUCUUAACUAUGGAACACUUUAAGGAAGCUCUGAAAAUGGUUCCACCUAGCUUAAGCGAGGAAAUGGGCACACUGACAGAGAUCCGAAAAUGGGACAGUCAGUUUGGUGACGGUAAAAAGAAGAAGAAGACAAGUAUUGGAUUCUCUUGA